AUGGUUUCUAUGAUAAAUUACCAUUUGAAUGAAGUCUCAUUUCAGAAGCAUCCCUCUCGAGAGUUUUUUGAAUUUCCAGAGGUGUUAGCAAAAUUCUACCAACAUGUCCUUUCCUUGGCCUUUGCUGUGAAGGAGAUCAAUGAGAAUCCACAAAUCCUGUCUAAUGUCACCCUUGGUUUUCACAUCCAUGACAACUAUUAUCACCCAAUGAUGACCUAUCGAACCACCCUGGACUUACUCUUCAAAUCCCAGCAAUUUGUCCCGAACUACAAAUGUGACAGCAUGAAAAACCUCAUAGCCAUUAUUGGGGGACUUAGCUCUGAAACAUCAUCCUACAUGGCAGACAUUGUAGGUUUAUACAAGAUACCACAGUUGACUUAUGGAUCAUUUACCCCUCUGGAUAGUUACAAUGCUGGGACGUCCUUUUACUCCAUUGUCCCCAAUGAAUCUUCUCAGUACAUUGGGAUUAUCCGACUGCUUCAACAUUUUGGGUGGACCUGGAUUGGGAUCUUUACUACUGAUAAUUGGAAUGGAGAACGUUUCCUGCAGAUCAUGGAGUCCCUCUUUUCCCAACAUGGAAUCUGCUCUGCUUCCAUUCAAAGAAUCCCGUAUUUAACCCACUGGGAUAAGUUUCAGGAAAUGUUUGAGAAAGCAGCAAAUAUUUAUAGCAGUAUAGCUGAUGAGAAGAUCAAGACCUUUAUUGUCUCUGGAGACUCUUUGACCAUUGCAUGGGUGACUAGCAUCAUAUUUUUAGUUUGCCCUGAAUGUGAGCAGAGUUCCUUGCGAAAGGUGUGGAUCAUGACUGCCCAGAUUGACUAUUUACUAACAGGUAUACAAAGAAAAUGGGAUCGGCAAUUCUUUGAUGGCGCCAUUUGCUUUACAAUUCGCUCAAGGCAAAUUUCAGGCUUCAAGGAAUUCCUAAACUUGAUAAAACCUCCUUGGAUUCAAGAAGAUGGCUUUUUCCCACUUUUCUGGGGUCAAGUGUUUGAUUGUUCAUUGCCAUCUUUUCGUUCAACCCAAGUGGACGACGACAUUUGUACAGGAGAGGAAAAGCUGGAGGACAUUCCUGGGUCUCUUUUUGAGAUGCAGUUGACUGGGCACAGCUAUGGUAUCUAUAAUGCUGUCUAUGUAUUGGCCCAAGCUUUGCAUGCUGUCUUCUUACUUCCAUCUAAUCACAGGCAUUUGCUGAGGCAUAAAUCAUCAAAAUAUGAAGAUGCAAAACCAUGGCAGCUCCAUCAAUUUCUUAAAGGCAUGACGUUCAACAAUUCUCUUGGAGAGACCUUGACUUUUUAUGACCAUGCAAACAUGGAAGGUGGAUUUGAUAUCGUAAACAUAGUCACUUUUCCCAAUUCCACUUUCCAGAGACGAAAAGUUGGAAAAGUGGAACCGGAUGCUCUGAAUCAAGGAAAGGAUUUAGUCAUUAAUGAGGACAUGAUUGUUUGGCAUAGAUCAUUUAACCAGGUGCUUCCCAUCUCUCUGUGCAAUGAAUAUUGUCUCCCCGGUUAUCAGAAAAGGAAGGAUGAAGGGAAAAAAUCCUGCUGUUAUGAUUGCGUUCCGUGUCCAGAGGGAAAAUUUUCAAAUAAGAUGGAUAUGGUAGCUUGCUUCCAAUGUCCAGAAUAUCAAUACGCAAACCGAGAAAGAAAUGGCUGUCUCCUAAAAAGGAUAAACUUUUUGUCUUAUGAAGAACCUUUAGGGUAUAGUUUAGCUUGUCUUGCUGCUGUGUUCUCCCUCAUUACAACAUGGGUGCUGGGAACUUUUAUUAAGCACAAAGACAGCCCUAUCGUGAAAGCCAACAACCGGGAUCUCACCUACACUCUCAUCAUCUCCCUUCUGUUCUGCUUCCUCUGUUCUUUGCUCUUUCUUGGACAACCUGGGAGAGUCACCUGUCUCCUCAGACAGUCUGCAUUUGGCCUUACCUUUUCAUUGUCCAUCUCUUGUGUGUUGGCCAAAACCAUCCUUGUUUCUCUUGCCUUCAAAGCCACCAAGCCAGGAUCUCGGAUGAGGACAUGGGUGGGGAAAAGACUGGCUGUUUCUAUUGUCCUUCUCUGCUCUCUAUUCCAAGCUACCAUCUCUAUUGUGUGGUUGUCAACCUUUCCCCCAUUCCCAGAGUUAGACAUGCAUUCAGUCCCUAAAGAAAUGAUUCUACAAUGCAACGAAGGGUCAGUUGUUAUGUUUUAUUGUGUCCUGAGCUAUAUGGCCCUCCUUUCAUUUGCCAGCUUCAUCGUGGCUUUCCAGGCUCGUAAACUGCCUGACAGCUUUAACGAAGCCAAGUUCAUCACCUUCAGCAUGUUGGCUUUCUGCAGUGUGUGGGUCUCCUUCGUCCCAACCUACCUGAGCACAAAAGGAAAAGCCAUGGUGGCUGUGGAGAUCUUCUCUAUCUUGUGCUCUAGUGCUGCACUCCUAGGAUGCAUCUUUGCCCCCAAGUGUUACAUUAUUGUGUUGAGGCCUGAUUUAAACAACAAGGAACAGUUGAUAAGAAGACAUGCUUAA